CUACCGUCACACUGCCUAAAACCUGGGAGAAUCACAGAGCCUGACUAGAGUGCCUCCACUUUACUACAGUUUCCAUAUUCAUAAAUUUGGAAGAGGAAAGAAAACAAACUCCCAAUUCCAAAUUCAUAUUUCUGCUCUUCUUUCACAGGAAAGGCGAAGGGUGCUAUUUCUUGAUGUCUACAGUGGCCAAUCCUGCAAACAUAUUCUGGCAUGAUAAUCUAGUCGGUAAGACAGAAAGGGAAAAGCUGCUUAACCAACAGGGAUGUGUUGUGUGGAUUACAGGUCUCAGUGGAUCAGGAAAAAGCACAAUUGCAUGUUCCCUAGGUAGAGAAUUUCAGGCAAGGGGAAAGCUUUCGUACAUUCUUGAUGGUGACAACCUUAGGCAUGGUCUGAACAAGAAUCUUGGGUUCUCAGCAGAAAGCCGUGCUGAGAAUAUACGUAGGACUGGGGAAGUUGCAAAGCUCUUUGCGGAUGCUGGAUUAAUUUGCAUUGCAAGCCUGAUAUCUCCUUACAGAAAAGAUCGAGAUGCUUGUCGUGUGCUAUUGCCAGAUAAAAAGUUUAUUGAGGUUUUUCUGAAUAUGCCUCUACAAUUGUGUGAAGAAAGAGAUCCAAAAGGCCUCUACAAGCUAGCUCGUGCAGGAAAGAUCAAAGGUUUUACUGGAAUAGAUGAUCCUUAUGAACCACCUUUGAAUUGUGAGAUUGAAAUACAACAAAAAGAUGGACUAGUUCCUGCACCAAAUGAAAUGGCUGGGCAAGUAGUCUCUUAUAUGGAGGACAGAGGCUUUUUGGAAGCUUAGUAAGCGUGGCGUGCUUGCUGCAGAUAACAAGAAAAGACUCAGCAGAUGGAAUUGCCGAGAAUUUUUAGUUCUCUCCAUCUGUUUCUAACAUUACAUUUGCUGUUUGAUAUCAUCACUAUCUAUGUGCUACAGGGUUAGGAGGUCAGAGUACGGCUGGCUUGCUUCUUCCAAUUAGUUAGAUGUGUUACUUAGAUGACGAAUAUGCUACCUGUCAAUUUGCCACUUUCUUUAAGACAAUGUUGAAUGCCAGAGUCUCCUUAUAAGUUGAAGGUUUUUCAAGCAGAGAAAACAAGAAAGUCGGCAUUCCAUGUUUUUAUGGAGAAGCUACACUACCAAGGAGAUAUUCUUGUUGAACUCUCUUAGCAAAUUAAAGGCAUCUUCUGCUAAGGACUUGAACCAGUGGAUUUAAUUGGAAUUAUGCAGCUAGCUUGCUUAUUUUUUUGCUCUUUAGUGAUUAAUUUACUUUUCACUUAUCGGGAGUGAAAUGAUUCAGUCAAAGAUAUUCUUGCUUCUA